AUGCCCAGACGUCGUGGUAGGAGAAGCGUGACGGACGUACAAGCGCAAACCAAGCAGCUCAUCAAGCUGGUCGCCUCCAAGGAUGAAUUGGCGGUGCGCGCCUUCACCGCGGCCGUUCCCGCCGAGUUGAGGACGAAGGUGGCGAGCGGACAGCCGGGCGACUACUGCACGCCGCUCGUAGCGGCCUGCAUUGUGGGCAGCCUCCCCAUCCUCCGCUACCUUCUGGAAGUGGGAGCUGACUGCAACGUCCCAAGGUCAGACGGUGACCCUGGGUGGUGGUUGGUGGUGACGCCGGUGCCGUUGGCCUUCUUAGGCUGUCUACCGCUGCACAUUGCCAUCGUGAGCCCGCACGCUGACGAGUCGCUUCUGGCCGAGCUGCUUCGUGCCGGCGCCGAGGUGAACGGGCGAGAGGAAGAUGGAGGGACUCCACUCCACUGCGCGGUACGAGGAAAGUCUCUAGCACACGUGAAGAUGCUUGUCGAGCAUGGCGCGGUAGUGGACGCCACCGAGUACAAGGUGACGACUACACCACUGCUCAUCGCCGCAUUCAGUAACCAAACCGACGUGGCCUCCUACCUGCUCGCCAAAGGCGCCGAUGGAGAUCUCGCCACGGUCGACAUACUCCUGGAGGCAGGGGCCGACCCCAACUUUGUUGAUACGUCUGGCUAUACAACCGUGAUGAGCGCGUGUGACUCGCCUGCGCUGGGAUUCGAGGGGCGCCAACCGCUGGCCAUUGUGCGGAAGCUGCUCGACCUUGGCGUUCCAAUCAAUCACGCUGCGCGUGAUGGUUCCACGGCGCUCUACAUGGCAGCCAUGCACAGGCUGGGCGACGUAGUCGAGGAGCUCAUCAGUCGUGGAGCUGAUGUCCACGCGUCGCUGAACGGCAGCAACCGGAAGACCCCCAAGGGCGUCACGCCGCUCCAGAUAGCUUCGCAAAAGGGCUGUCUCGUUUCUGUGAGGGCUCUCAUCAAGGCGGGAGCCGAUGUGAACGCGAUGGACGCCGUGGGCACCAUACCGCUCAUCUCUGCUUGUCGCAACGGUUCUCAGCACGAUCAAGCCUUCAAAAGCAUCAUUGCGGAGCUGAUUGAUGCCGGCUCAUUGACCGACCACAAGAACCUUCUUGGCGAUACUCCCCAGAACCUGGCGGCUGCGUGGUUGGAGCCCAGAGACCCGCUGUGGGAGAAGCUGAAGGCCAAAACCCAACCCAUGGACACCAACUGA